CAUUGUUUAUCCGGAUAACUUCCGACUUUGUGCUGCUGGACAUUGUGAUGCGUUCAGGGACAAUUGUGAUGCGUUUGCGGGUAUUCCUUUAAGUUCGUUCUUGUUCCUGGUUGGUUAUUCAGCAAUAAUAAAUAUUACUGAAUAACUAACCGAGCCAGGAUGAGCAGAGCAGGUAAACAUUAGCCUCUGCCCCAGUCACAGCUGGGCCAGAGGCUAACCAGCACACCUCAAAGCAAAGCAUCACGAUGGAGAGCAGCAUGGAGGGCUGCCAGACGCAGUUUAUCUACUGUAACGGCGCCGCCACCGAGGUUCUGAAGGUCGGCGCCGCCCGUCACCUGUCGGGAACAGACGUUCUCUUCCUCAUCAUCCCAGGUAACCCCGGCGUGGUGGGCUUCUACAGAUCCUUCAUGCAGACGCUCCACGGCAUGCUGGGACAUCCCGUCUGGGCUGUGAGCCACGCGGGCCACUGUGCCCCCCCCGGCUCCAUGGACAUGGUGGAAGACGCCUCGGCAGCAGCCAAGCGGGACGCCUUCGGCCUGAACGGACAGAUCCAACACAAGCUGAUCUUCCUCCAGCAGCACGUUCCCCGAGGAACCAGCUUGGUUCUGGUGGGUCACUCCAUCGGCUGCUACAUGAUCCUGGAGAUGAUGAAGAGGGAGCCUGGACUGAAGGUCCUGAAGGCCGUCAUGCUGUUUCCCACCAUAGAGCGCAUGGCUCAGAGCCCUCAGGGGAAGCUCAUGACUCCCCUGCUGUGUCAGCUGCGCUACCUGGCCUACCUGCCCGUCUUCCUGCUCUCCCUGCUGCCGCACAGCCUGGCAGCGCUGCUCAUCAGACUCCUGUUCAGCAGCAUCCCGGCUCUGGACCCCUCUGUGGUCCCACCUUCAGUGCAGCUGCUCAGCGGAGACUGUGCAGUGAACUCUAUGUACCUGGGAGGCCAGGAAAUGAGGAUGGUUCUGGAGAGAGACGACGUAACCAUCCGCAGGAACCUGGACCGGCUCAUAUUUUACUACGGCGCCACGGACCACUGGUGUCCUGUCAGCUAUUUCCAGGACAUGAGGAGGGAUUUCCCUCAUGGAGACAUCCGUCUGUGUGACAGAGGCCUGCGCCACGCCUUCGUCCUGGACGCUGGCCGGGAAGUCGCUCAGAUGGUGGCAGAAUGGAUCCGUAGUUCUAUGAGGACCUGAGCUCCUGCUCCCUGCCAGACAAAACCCAGGGAAGCACUAAUGUUGGACAAAUUAUGGCUGACGUGAUUUAUUUGUUCAGCCAGCAUUAUCAGAUUAAAUAGUUUAAUUUAUGGUUUUCAUUUGUGUUUUUAAUAAAGUUGUAAUUUUGUAUAAUUGUACUGUAAUUAAUGUGAUAUUAAUAUUUUAAUGAUCAUCUCAAUGAGCCACUGCUGGACAGUCCAACAUGAUUUCUGUGGCUCUGGGGGACAGAGGAGGAGCCUGCGUGUGUAAAAGUGUAACUAAUUAACUAAUAACGGCUUUAAUCAUCAUUAUGGGGCUGCAGGACCUUUUGGGCCCCUGGUUGUCAUCCUGGUCUCUGCAGGAAACAUCUCUCCUCCUCCUGCAUCCUUUCUGCCUCCUGCCCGCCUCGGCACCAGCCUCCGGACCUCUGCGGUACCGACACCCUCCACCAGUCUGACCCGCCUGUACAGGAACGUUUUCUUCCCAUUGUGGCGUCUAAUGUUCUGAUUUUACCUGCUCUCUCUGUCGCUGCGCUGCUUGAUUUGCACAGUGUAAUAAAAAAAUAAAAGAUAUUAAGUUAAA